AUGACAUCAGCAUCAGCAUCAGCAUCAGCAUCAGCACCAGCACCAGCGCCCACAACACCGUACGACGCAGCGCUCGCAGCCAUCGACGCAGCGCACGCGCUCGACCCCACACUCAGCUCCCCCACCACGGAAAACACCACACCCAUCCCCUACGAACUGCACUACGCGCGCAAAUGCAGCGCAUACCUCUCGCAGCGCAGCCCCUCGGCCUCGCCGUUGCUGCGCCUCGCCAUCCGCGCACAGCACUUUCGCAGAUGGGAAACCCCGCGCUCCGAAUACCCCGCUACCCGCGCUGGAUACCAUGCGUGGCGCGCCAAUGCGAAGAAGCGGCAGGCGGAUCUCGUCGUGGCGAUUUGUAGAGAGGCGGGGUUUAGCGAGGAGGAGAGUCAGCAUGUGGGGAGGUUGAUUAAGAAGGAGGGGUUAAGCACUGCUUCUUCUUCUUCUUCUUCUUCUUCUUCUUCUGGUGGUGCUGCUGGUGGUGGGGAUAAAGAGGGGGAUGAGGACGAAGAAGAAGUAGUAGUGCUAGAAGAUGUUGCCUGCCUAGUUUUCCUCGACGACCAAUUCGCCGCCUUUGAAAAGGAACAUGACCAAGACAAGAUUGUGCGUAUCCUGAGGAAAACCUGGGCCAAGAUGAGUGCGCGCGGGCGCGAUAUGGCCUUGAGUAUGGAGAUGGACGGGCGCAGGAGGGACUUGGUAGAGAAGGCGUUGAAGCCGUGACUCACGUCGAUACUGAUUGCAUUUGUGCGAUGAUUAGAAGAAUGGGUUUAUGAGUUGAGAAAUUGCCUUGUUUUGACGAUACUGCGUUACACACGAAUAUAUAACCCCCCUUAUAUACAGAUAUAUAUAU